CUCCAGUUAAAUUGAACAUCUACUCAGACACAGGCCAUACAGAACACAACUCAGUUGUUGAUCAUGAACAUGUGACAAGUGUUUUGAUGAAGCAUAAAACCAGACUGAGGAAGAAGUUCAAAUUCAUAUGUGAGGGUGAUUCUAAAAUUGAGCACAAAACCCUCUUCCAAAAGAUUUAUACAGGACUCUUUAUCACAGAGAGACAAUCCAGAAUGGAGAGAGAAUGUGAUCAUGAGGUUCAUCAGAUUGAAAGAAAAUUCAGUACACAGUCCAAGCAUUAUACUCCUAUUCAUUGCAAUGAUAUUUUCAUUGAAAUUCCUAAAUGGAAACCAAAUACAGAACCGAAAGAGGAAGUUGAAGGAGAGGCAGAGGCAGAGGAAGAGCAAGACAUAAGAACUGUGCUGACCAAAGGCAUUGCAGGGAUUGGAAAAACUGUCUCUGUGCAGAAGUUCAUUGUGGACUGGGCAGAAGGAAGAGCCAACCAGCACAUAGACCUCGUGCUUGUGAUGCCUUUUCGAGAGCUGAAUGUGGUGGAAGCUGACGAAUUCAGUCUGUAUAAACUUAUUUGCAUUUUCAACCCUGAACUUAAAGGCCUAUGCAAGAAGAUGUAUGAAGAAUUUAAAAUUGUAUUUAUUUUUGAUGGCCUAGAUGAAUUUUAUUGUCCUCUGAAUUUCCACCAAAAACUGGUGUCAGAUAUUACUGAAAUAUCUACAGUUGGCACACUUAUAACAAAUCUAAUCAAAGGAAUACUACUUCCUUCUUCACACAUCUGGGUAACCUCCCGACCAGCCGCAGCUGAUCAGAUCCCAUCUCAGUACAUCAGCCGUUUGACAGAAGUUCAAGGAUUUAAUGACCUACAGAAGGAGGAGUAUUUCAGGAAGAAAAUCGGUGAUGAGGAUCAAGCCAACAAAAUCAUCUCACACAUUAAAACAUCUCAGAGUCUUUAUAUCAUGUGCCACAUACCGGUUUUCUGUUGGAUUACAGCAACUUUGCUUCAGCAAAUCCUAAAUGAGGACAGCUUUACAGAAAUCCCCAAAACUCUGACUGAAAUGUACACACACUUCCUGUUCAUUCAGACAAGGAUUAAGAAUCAGAAGUAUGACAAGAAGGAAGUGAAUGAUCCCAAACAUCUGAUGAGAUCCAACAAAGAAGUCAUUCUGAAACUUGCUGAGCUGGCUUUCAAACAGCUUAUUAAAGGCAAAGUUGUAUUCAGUGAAGAGGACCUGAGAGAGUGUGGCAUUGAUGUCACUGAAGCCUCACUGUACUCUGGGAUUUGCACUGAAAUCUUUAAGGAGGAAUCUGUGCUUUAUGAGAGGAAGGUCUACUGCUUUGUGCAUCUGAGUUUUCAGGAGUUCCUUGCUGCUGUAUAUGUGUUGAACUGCCAUUUAAACCAGAACAUUGAAGCACUGCAGUUUUUCAUGCACGAUGAGUCAAAUGAUGUGGGCCAAUCUGAGGGAGGUCCAGUGGCUGGCAUUUCACUGGAUGAGCUGCUGAAGAGAGCAGUGAAUAAAGCCUUACAGAGUCAGAAUGGACACUUGGAUCUUUUCCUCCGAUUCCUCUUGGGCAUCUCAUUGGAGACCAAUCAGAAAUAUCUACAAGGUCUCCUGGCAGUCAAAAACAACAACUCAAAGAGCAUCAAGAAGACAAUCCGAUAUAUCCAGAAUCAAAUUAAAGGUGAUGAUGAUUUUGGAAGAAAGAGGAUGCCAAAUAUGAAUGCAGACAGUUCCAUUAAUCUGUACCUCUGCCUGUCUGAAAUGAAUGACCAGUCUCUUCACAGAGAUAUUCAGAACUAUCUAAAAUCAAAUGAGCGUACAGAAUAUCUCUCACCUGCGCAUUGCUCAGCAAUAGCAUACAUGCUACAGAUCUCAGAGAAUGUGCUGGAUGAGUUGGACCUGAAGAAAUACAACACAUCAGAAGAGGGUUAUAGGAGACUGGUACCAGCUGUGGGCAACUGUAGAAAGGCUCUAUUGGCUGGUUGUUAUCUGACUGAACAAUCCUGUGAGACUGUGGGUACACUGCUACAAUUGAAAAACUCACCCCUCAAAGAAUUGGACAUUAGUAGAAACAACCUGCAGGAUUCAGGAGUGAAAUUACUAUCUGAUGGGCUGAGGAGUUCAUACUGUAAACUGGAGCUGCUAAGACUACUUGGAUGUAAUCUCAGUGAGCAAUCCUGUGAAAAUGUGGCUACAUCAUUACUGUCAGCAAGUACGUCACUGAAAGAGCUGGAUCUUAGUUACAAUGACCUGAAGGACUCAGGAGUGAGUCUGCUCUCUGCUGGACUAAGCAGUUCACAUUGCAAAUUGGAGAUCUUGAGAUUAACUGUCUGUAACCUCACAGAAAUAUCAGGAGAAAUUUUAGCUUUGUCUCUACAAUCACCCAGUUCAUUGCUAAAAGAGCUGGAGCUUUGUAACAAUGACUUACAUGAUUCAGGAAUAAAAAUGCUUUCCUAUGGAUUAAAGAACUUGCACUGCAAGCUAGAAAUACUCAGAAUGGAUCAUGGUGGAGAAUUCAGGAUUAAACCAGGACUAAAGAAAUACGCCUGUAAUCUCACACUGGACCCAAACACAGCACAUGCAUAUCUCUCUCUUUCUGAGGGGAACAGAAAGGUGACAUGUCAGAGAGAGCAGCAAUUGUACCCUGAUCAUCCAGACAGAUUCGACUGCAGGUUUCAGGUGCUAAGCAAAGAGGGCACAUCUGGACGCCCUUACUGGGAGACUGAAUGGAGUGGAGACACCGAUAUAGCAGCAACAUAUAAAGGGAUCAGCAAAAAAGGAAGGAGUCGCAAAUGUAGGUUUGGAUACAACACACAGUCCUGGAGAAUAAGCUGCUACAGCAGCAGUUAUUCUGCCUGUCACAAUGAUAAGAGCAUUGAAAUACCGGCUCCCCCUUCACGCUCCCACAGAGUAGGGGUGUAUCUGGACUGGCCAGCUGGCACUCUGUCCUUCUACAAUAUCUCUGCUGAUGCGCACACACUGACCCACAUAUACACGUUCCACUCCCGGUUUACUGAGCCCCUUUACGCGGGGUUUGGUUUUACGUUUGACUCCGUAGUGUGCUUGUGUCCAAUGGAAUAA